GCCGGUAUUAACUAUACUAAAUUCGAACUUAGUAAUUCCGUUACCGUUUUUAGGGCGGGUCCCGUUAGACUAUUAUUUAUUUACUCGGCUAUUCUAUAUAGAGCGUUUAAAGUCUAUGUUAUUAACUAUAUAAAAGAACGCCUUACUCUUGCUACUUCUAUUAGUACUAUCCCGAUUAAAUUUAUUAAUAAAGACCCCGUUGCCUAG